AACAGCUGGGAGCAGCUAAAGAUGGCCGCCGCGACCAUGGCGGGGCUCGACGCCCACAGGAUGGAGGAAAAGAAGUUCGAGUACUUCUCCUCCAUCAACUCCAUGGCGAAUAAAAUAAUGCAGGAGAGGAAGAAGAUAGAAGCGGAGCACGGCUCGUCCUGGGAGAAGAUGACGCCGCAGGAGCAGGACAGCGCCAUCGACAACGGGAUGAUGGACCCGCACAUCAGAGCCCGGUACGCCAUGCACAGAGUGGACCGAGAAGAGGUGGUCUGCUACCCGAAACUGCUCAUUCAAACGGGUCAGAAGAUAGUUCAUUUCGGCGAAGAGGAUAUUACCUGGCAAGAUGAGCAUUCUGCCCCCUUCUCCUGGGAAACAAAGAGCCAGUUGGACUUCAGCUUAACAUUGGGCCCUGCUGACCAGGUGAUCUCAACCUCGCAGGCAGACUCAAAGGCUGCAAAGGUUCCUCAUUCCAGCCAGCUUGGCAAGAGUACACCAGGACCCAAGGUGUCUGUCAGUGAAGUACGGAGGCCAGAGGAAGAGUCGUCUUUCUGGAAGAUCAGCGCAGAGAGGUCCAGGCUGGAGGGAGAGCAAUCAGACUUCCAAUCCCUAACCCCCAGCCAGAUCAAAUCCCUCGAGAAAGGAGAAAAAUCCCUCCCCUCUUACCUCCGACAGGAGACCUCUGUCACCACCAAGGAGCCUGAGGCAGUAGACCUCCACCCUCCAGCUCCAAACAGGUCCAUCAAGCAGCGAGCACCCAAACCUCCUGCUCCCCACCCCCAUAUCGCUAUCCCUAUUGCUAUCCCUGUCGCUGUCAGCGCAACGCCUGCAUCCAUCUCCAUCUCGCCAAACCCACCACCGCCUGUCAGCGUGUCGUCGUCAGUCGCAGGAUGGGAGCGGUCUCAGAGCACCUUGCCGUCUGUCGGCAACACCGUGGAUGAAGUGUUCUCCUCCAGCAUGAUGUCCAAGCCCUCCCACCACGCCGCCAGUGUGGAGAAAGGGAAAGAGGAUGAAGGUUCAUCCGCCAGCCCCACCUUUGCCCAGUACAACACGAGCAACAACAUCCUGAAGACCGGAUUCGACUUCCUAGACAAUUGGUAAACCACAGCCGAGACCAGUCACCGCUAUGAAUGAAUCAUCCCCAUCAUCACUCUAAAGAAGGACCACACUGCCAUGACUACAGACAUCCACGUCUAGAUUUCACAACACACCAGUCUUUUAGAAUGACCACAUUAUAUUGUUGUAAUUAUCUUCAGUGGCUUGUUAAGACAUUAUCUCACUGCCUGCGUGCUGGUGUUCCCUCUCCCUCUAUUAAUUAGGUUUCGAUUUCUUGCCAAACACAUCAUGCAUCCCCUGACUGUGCAUUCACACUACCAUCAGCUCAACUAAAAGAUUUCACUAAAGUUUUUAACUGAAUUAAAAUGUGAUACAGAACACAUAUCAUUUUAACCUGAAGGCUAUCAAAUAAAAGUUAAAAAGAAAUUGGAAAACUGAGGGAUGAAUUAGUACAAAAACCCAAGUUUUUUUAUUAGCCAAGACAAACAAAAAGAUCAGUUGUGGAUGCAUUUUCUCAUAUGACAAGUUUAUUAGCAAGUCUAAACAUUAGCCAAAGAUUUCCCUGAAUUACCUUUUAACUCUGGUAACCUGUCGAUAACGUCCGUAGUGUGAAUGCACAGUAACGGUGUGACUUGGCUGCCUUUACCUGUAACUUUAGGACACUAUUCUUGCAAGCAAGGACAUAUUUUGUACCAUAAGCAUGUCAAAUUUUGUGUGCGAAACACUAUAACACAUCCAUUUUUUUUAUGUUUUCUUUUUUGUUACGAAGAUUUUGCUCUCUUAUGUGCUUUUAUUUAUACGUACCUAUAUAUAUUCCUUUAAACCUAACAGUUUUAGAGUUAUAGUAGUGCUCAGUACUGCAGUCCCGGCCCACAUGGAGAAAUUACUACAGACAAUGUUCGUACUGGUUAUGGAAUUCCUGGGUUAUUGUGGAAUUUUUUAAAGGAUGUUCAGGUGGGGGAAUAUGGUGGGAUUUUACCAUUGCAUCACUUUGCAGAAAUUAAACAGAAUGUAUUUUCCAACAUUAACAGUCAUUGAAUUAAAUGGUGGUUUUCAGAAAGUGGAAUCAAAACUGAUACCAAAAAGAACAGGAGGGAAAAACAGCCAUGGAAGUGCUGAAACUUAGUCAUGGAAAACUCACAGACUGAAUGUCCGGGCUGCUGCGGGAACUUGUUACAGAUGUCCUGUUUGCAUUUAGUGUCUCCCCAACACUCCUUCCCAACUCAGCCCCUCCCGAUUUUAACCUUUAACCUCAAAUUAGUGCUGAGCAAAGCUAGUGUGCAUUUAUAGUGAAAAAAGACGCAGUCAACCGUCGUGUUUUAGAUAAAUAGACAGGAAUGUAGUGAUUUGUACCACUUUGUGUCGUAAAUCUAAAAUCCGGUUUACAUGAUUAGAGUACUAUUUUACUGAAUUUUAUAUUUAUCGGCUGAUUGUAUCUAAAGCUAUACUUGUAUAUUGCACUCAUGCAUUUUGAGGUCACAGAUUGGAAGGAAGUAAAUAAAUAAAAGUCA